UUAACCAGGGGAAAAGCAUUCAAGAUGUCUUGGAAGCCUGGCCUGUUUUAUUUCAUGACAUUGGGAUGGCUGUACACUACAAGGAACUUACUGGACUUGGAUUGAAGGAAACCUUCAUGAGGAACAUGGAUAUGAAGGGAAAAAGACUGCUGAACUACAUGAACACUGUUUGUGUGAACAAAAACAAAAGGUUUUUCCAGGCUCAGACAAAGUUGAAGAUGUUAAGGGGAGAACUGGACGGUUACUCUGAAGAUGUUAAAGAGCUGAUGCUCCUACUUCUCUGCUACUUCAAUGAAAAUGAAGAAGCAAUGUUCUUCUGUGUGGAGGACACAUGCCUAGCUGAAGAAGUACAGAUGGAGAAUGUCUCCUUGACUCCCACUAUCAUUGUGUGUGGUCAAUCCUGCUUCCAUGCUAAACGAUUCAUGCUGAGUGUGGAUCAACAGAUUGGAAACAACAACAUCUCCUGUUUUAUUUCUGCCCUCUGCAUGAUGUUUGGGAGCUAUUAUUGUUUUAACAUACAUUAUCCAUCGGGGCUGGCGUCUACACUGGAGUUUCUGCAGAGGUGUUUCUUCUCAAUCAACCCAGACAAGGGCAGUAAGGUGGAAGAAACCCAUAAACCCAGACUGCGUGUGAACCCCCGUGUACUCACCUUGAUCCAGGAACUUUCGGAUCAUGAGUGGCGUGAUGUUUGAGAAAGGACUAAAGUCAGUGAGUUAUCAAGACAGUGUUUAAUCUUAACAGAGCUGAAUAGAUUUGUAAAUGUAUGUUGCAUCUCACACCGUGUCUGCUGAAGUUAAAAAAGUUGAAAAGACAUAUUUAUAUUU